UUGGAUUGGUCGAACCUGUUGGGUGACAUCACAGGAAGUUGGAUGAAGUUGGAGGAACUCAAGCACUCUCUGCUGUGAUCAGUGUAGAUGUUUUCACAACUCGGUCGCACUGAGAGACGCUGAGGAGACUCACAGAGACCCGCUCCUGCUCUGUGAACACCAACAAAAACUCUACAGAGGAUGAACGAGGAGGCUGAGGAGGCACAGGUGCCUGAGGGGGUGUCAGGAGAUGAGGAGCAACAACAGGAGGACACACUUUCUGUAGAGUUGAUGAAGAAAGACAAGGAUCAAGACCAACUGGAAGUAGAGCUGGAGGAGGGAGUGCAAGAGGAAGAGCAGGUGCAGCAAGGUGAAGAACAGCUAAAGGAGGCACAGGAGGGAGAAGAACAGCAGCAAGUGGAUGAAGAAAUGGAGGAUCAGGGUGAGGAGAUGUCACACAGAGAUGAAGAACAGACUGACAAGGAGCAGGUGCAGGCAGAGCAGGGAAAACAACUGGAGGAGGUAGAUGAGCUGCAGCAAACUGAGGAGGAAGAGGAGGAGGUGCAGGGUGAGGAGAUGUCACACACAGAGGAUCAACAGACUGACAAGGAGCAACCAAGCGAGGAAGAACAACUGGAGGAGGAGACGAAGCAGGAGGAGGAGAUGCUACAGACUGACAAACAGCAGUCUGAAGAGCAGCAGCUGCAGAAAGAGGAGGUGCAGGACUUUGUUGACACUCUGGAGCAGAACCACAACAACCAGGUCCUGAUCCGACUGAGAGGCAUGCUGAAGGCAGCCCUGGAGCAGAUGGACCGAGGUGUUGUAGACCUGCAAGAGCUCCGCAGGAACCUGGAGCUUGCUGCAGCCAUGCUGGAUGCUGUUUACACGGAUGAGACCAGACGUCUUUUGGAUACAGAGGACGAGCUCAGCGACCUGCAGGCAGAGUCGGUACCAAGUGAAGUACGUGAUUGGCUGGCGUGCACGUUUAGCAGAAAGAUGGGUGUAGCCAAGCGUCGUCCUGAGGAAAAGCCAAGAUUCAGGAGCAUUGUUCAUGCAGUGCAAGCUGGGAUAUUUGUGGAGAGGAUGUACAGACGGACAUCCAACAUGGCUGGUCUGACCUACCCUCCCACAGCUCUGACAGCUCUGAAGGAGGUGGAUCAGUGGUCCUUUGAUGUCUUUGCCUUCCAUGAGGCCACCUCAGAACACGCCCUCAAGUUCCUGGUCUACGACCUGCUCACCCGCUAUGACCUCAUCAACAGGUUCAGGGUGGAGUGGCACCGCUGA